UCGACCCUCAAACCCGGAUGUAACCAACGCCUAAUGCGCCUAACCUGUCGGAAGAAAAACGAUGCAGACUAUAAAAUGUGUAGUGGUAGGAGACGGUGCAGUAGGAAAAACCUGCUUACUGAUCUCCUACACAACCAAUAAGUUCCCCUCUGAGUAUGUGCCAACGGUUUUUGACAAUUAUGCAGUGACAGUGAUGAUUGGAGGAGAGCCCUAUACGCUCGGCCUCUUCGACACAGCAGGUCAGGAGGAUUAUGACAGGCUGCGUCCUCUCAGCUACCCACAAACAGAUGUGUUCCUCGUUUGUUUCUCUGUCGUCUCCCCCUCAUCGUUUGAAAAUGUCAAAGAGAAGUGGGUUCCUGAGAUCUCUCACCACUGCCCGAGCACGCCCUUCCUGUUGGUGGGCACACAGGUGGACCUGCGGGAAGACAGUAACACGGUGGACAAGCUGGCAAAAAAUAAACAGCGCCCCCUGUUUCCUGAGAGUGGCGAGAAGCUGGCCCGCGAGCUCAAGGCCGUCAAAUAUGUGGAGUGCUCUGCGCUCACACAGCGAGGACUUAAGAAUGUGUUUGACGAGGCCAUACUGGCAGCGCUGGAACCCCCUGAGACAAAAACCAAGAGGAAGUGUGUUCUGCUAUAGAACGGCGAGAGUGCGAGAGAUGGGUGGGGUGACUCACAACAUCUCAAAGAUCAAUGGCCAUUUUGAAAAGAAAAAAAAAAAGGACAAACCAAAGGGGAACAGAGGUACAGUACACUGCCAUUGAGAUGUAUUUUAAUACACGUGUACACGGAUUGUGCCUUGAAACAAACCUUGUGAGAGGAUUGAGGGAAAAAAACCUCCAGCUUGCAGUAGAUGCAGCAGGUGCCACUCAUCUCCUUUUCCGAAAGCUUUUAGAAACUGCAGUGUUCUCUCUGCCAAUAUUCAGGUGGGGCGGGCCCCCCCCUGCCUGUAUCUGUUGCUCCAUUUUUAAUAGAAACAUUCCUUUAUAAAGUUGCCUUUGGGUUACAUUUAACAUUAGCACAUUUAAAGGGGCAACUUAGUGUUAAGUGGUACUCUGUUUGCUUUAACGUCUGAAUUGAAUAACGAAAGAAAUUGAAUGUCACUCCAAACUAAUGCAUGUGUCUGUAAUUGCUACUUUCUUGGACACUCCCAGUGACUUUCAGUGAGGCCACGUGCAUCCUCAGCAAAUUCACUUCUCCAGGUGUCUUUUUCAAUUUCUAUUUUAUAUUUUUUUUGUUUAUAUUGUAUUAUAAAUUCUGUGAUGCUGUUUUUGGGAAAAAUUUUAGCAUUUUUGAAUUCUUUUUUAUUUUAUUUUAUUUUUUUUAUUUUGAAACUUGAGUUUUUAUUUCAUUUUUUUUAUAUUGCCAGACUACCAACUCUGUGAUUGAUAACAAAUUAAGUUGUAAUAUUUUUAAUGGGUCUUCAUCGUGAUGGAGAUUGAGAUGAUUUUUUUUUAGUAAAUUUCUGGGUGUUUAUAAUUGCAGGAUGUUUUUAAUAAAAUGGUUUAAUUGAAA